GGAGUCCACCUCUGCUGAGGUGAGAAGUGGAGCGCUCCAGGAUCUCUAUCCUCCUGGAGGAAAAAACUUUAAAACUUUCUGACGCGAUGUUUGAAAAAAUGUCGGCGCACUUUUAGAGGAAAAACUGCAGAUAAAAGAGCGAAAUUACCGUUAAAAAUGGCGUCGGAGGUGAAGUUAAACGGGAACGAACUUUUGGAAGUUGACAUAUGCGACGUGGUUUGCUCCGAGGACGAGAGCGGCGUGUUUGUGAACUCCGCCGCCUCCCCGCAGGAGGACUUCUCCGGCUUCCAGCGGUGGGGGAGCCCCGCCGAGUCGCCGGCUGACACAUCGCCACCUCCGGGGCGGCCGGAGUCCUCCGCCGCCCACAGGACCCGCGCGGCCGGGGGCAGUGACUCCGAGUCCCCGGGAGAAGAAGUCAGACCCGCGAGGACCUCCAUCGUGGACUGUCUUCUGGUGGAGCUGUAUGAGACGUACGGCGGAGGCGGCCGGAGGAGCCGGGACAGCUGGGACAGCUGGGACAGCUCCACCGAGGCGUCCAGCUCCGACGCCUUCCUCGGCCGCAGCAACUCCGGCUCCAGCUUCCUCCAGGAGCUCCAGGAGAGGCACACCAGGAGGCUCCAGAUGAACUACCUGGCCCAGAAAGCCCCGGAGGAGCUGCGUUCGAUUAUCCAGGAGGUCAAAUACCGUACGGGGCUGCAGUCGGCCAAGCUGCUCCGCCAGCUGAAGAGACGCGACCGACUUUGCCACAAACUGCAGAAAAACUACGACAUCAUCACAGCGUGCCUUCAGGCGGUCUCACAGAAACGACGAGUUGACACAAGGUUGAAGUUUACCAUCGAACCAUCGCUGGGAAAAAAUGGAUUCCAGCAGUGGUACGACGCCCUUAAAGCCGUGGCCCGGCUCCCCACAGGGAUCCCGAAGGAGUGGAGGAAGAGGGUGUGGCUGACGCUGGCAGACCAGUACCUCCACAGUAUCUCUAUCGACUGGGAGAAGACGCUUCGUUUCGCAUUUAACGAACGCAGUAACCCUGACGAUGACUCCCUCGGCAUCCAGAUCGUCAAGGACCUGCACAGGACGGGCUGCAGUUCGUACUGCGGUCAGGAGGGCGAGCAGGACCGCGUGGUGCUGAAGAGGGUGCUGCUGGCGUACGCCCGCUGGAAUAAAUCCGUGGGUUACUGCCAAGGAUUCAACGUCCUGGCUGCGCUCAUACUGGAGGUCACAGAGGGCCACGAGAGCGACGCGCUCAAGGUGAUGAUCUACCUGAUUGACAAAGUGCUGCCUGAGAGUUAUUUUGCCAACAACCUGCGAGCGCUGUCAGUGGACAUGGCGGUGUUCAGAGACCUGCUGCGCCUGAAGCUGCCCAGACUGUCGCAGCAUCUCCACCACCUGCAGAAAGCUGCCAACAGAGAGGCCGGAGGUACAAACCCGAGUGUGUCUGAGUUUACGCAAACGUCACCUGGCAGCUACGAGCCUCCGCUCACCAACGUGUUCACUAUGCAGUGGUUCCUCACCAUGUUCGCCACCUGCCUGCCGGCGCCCACCGUGCUGAAGAUCUGGGACUCGGUUUUCUUCGAGGGCUCGGAGGUUCUGUUUCGGGUCGCCCUCGCCAUCUGGGAGAGACUGGGAGAGAGGAUCGAGUACUGUCAGACGGCCGACGAGUUUUACAGCACGAUGGGCUGUCUCACUCAGGAGAUGCUGGAGCGCAACCUCAUCGAUCCUCCUGAGCUCAUGCAGGAGGUUUACUCCAUGGCCGUGUUUCCUUUCCCUCAGCUGGCCGAGCUGAGAGAGAAAUACACCUACAACAUCACUCCGUUCCCUACCUCAGUCAAAUCCACCGGAAGUGGCGGUCUGGGCAGCUGGGAGAGCGAUGACGACGCAGAGAUGGAUGACGAAGACUCCGUGGUGACGGCCCUCGGCUGUCUGGGGCCCCUGGGCGGCCUGCUGGCCCCCGAGCUGCAGAGAUACCAGAAACACCUCAAAGACCAGCGAGGGGAGCAGGGAAACAUCGCAGAGCUGAGCCCAGGAGCGGUGGGAGCUGGAGGAGGGGGAGGAGGAGGAGCAGGAGCAGGAGGAGCAGGAGGAGGAGGUGCCCGGGCGGAGCAUCAAGCAGCGAUCAACAGCAUGAUGAUGGAGAGGAUGAGCACCGACAUCUGCGCCCUGAAGAAGCAAUACGCUCGCAUCAAACGGCGGCAGCAGCAGCAGGCGAUGCAGCUCUACAUCCGCACAGGACCUGGACCUGAAGUUGCCACAAGUCCAGGUGUUCUCCAGGAGCCUCCCAGCAAACCCAGCAGCGACACUGACGAGAAGUGUCCCGCCACACGUGUCCUCCCCUCACAGCUCAACCCGUCCAGCUCCGUCAUCAACCACCUCCUGCUGGGGCGGAGGCCCCGUGGAGACCCCCGAGGCUCCAGACUCACCUCCACACCGCCGGCGUCCAGACCGGCGUCUCUGUCCCAGACUCAGGGCUCCCCGGCCAGGCAGCGCUGCGGCACCACCGGGUCUCCUGGGAGCUCCUCAGGAGGCGCAGGGUCGCCGUGGAGAGCUCACGUCCGCGUGCAUCGAAGGAAUAUAGCUCGAGCUCGAGCUCAGCUGGGCUUCGGAGAUUCAGAAGAACAGGAGGAGGAGGAGGAGCAGGAGGAGGAGAGGAAGGUGAGCUUUGAGGGCGAAGAGGAGAAGAUUGAGGACAAUGAGAGAGAUGAGAAAGAGGGGAGUGACUCCUCUGUGUCUCCUGAUCCGUCUGCUGCAGAGUCGGUGUGUGAGGAGGUGCCGCAGGAUGCAGAGGAGACAGGAGGAGCAGAGGUCGCGGAGGUGGUGGUGCAGUUGGACUCCCUGGGGCUGGAGGAGGACUCAGAGUCCAGACCUGCUCCUGCGGUCCCUCUCCUCCUCCCUCCUCCUCCAUCCUCCAACAGACACAAAGACUCCUCCGGCUCAGAGAGGAGCUCCGCCUCAGACAGACACACUUUACCUCCACCUCCUCACCACUGCCUCACCUCCUCACCCUCCUCCCUCAGUCUGUCUCCGUCUCCAGCGUCCCUCGCUCCGUCCUCCUCCUCUCCUACACCUCCGUCCACCCCGACGCCGAGCUCCUGCCUCCCGUCGUCUCCUUCACCUAACGGCUUCUCGUCUCUCACUCUCCCCACCUCCUCCACCUUUUACAAAACCUCCUCCCCCUCCACUCCCUCGCUGUCCUCCCUAUCGUCUCGGUUACCGUCCUCCCCGUCCACCCCGGCACUCUCCGCCUCCGUCGCUCCCAAACAGCAGGUUUUCUCCCCGUUCCCGAGCGUGAAGCAGCCCAGGAAAUCAGCGGCGGCCCGAAAUCUGGGUCUGUAUGGCCCGACAGCCAGAACGCCCACCGUCCACUUCCCCCAGCUCAGCCGCAACCUCAACCGCAGCAGCGCCGCCGCCGGCGGGACGCGGUGAACUCCUCCGCACUGAUGCCAGAAACACACCUGAAACAUCAUUCGAGAUCGACACCGUGUUGCCUCCUUCAUGUCAAGAGAUCACCCAAACAUUUUACAGCGAGUCGUUUCUGAAAGAGGACGAUCGCAGUGACGAGCCCCUCACAGGCCUAUGCAGCUUUUUCUCAGCCAGAACGCAGCGAUACUCAACUUACAGCCAAAUCCGGCCCCUGAUAGGGUCCCUGGCGGCCCCCCAAACGAGAAAUGUCCCAAAAUCCUAAAAAUGUUGCCUCAAUGUAACCUAAAAGCCCAGAACCGUCUUGAAAUCAGACACAUGUCCGACAACUUUUAAAAUAUCUUUAAAGCCUACAACCACCCUUAGGUCCCUGAUCCCCGGCCCCUGGCCCUUGGCCCCUGGCCCCUGGUCC